UGAUAUAUCACCCGUCACUUAUUAGCAAAGCAAUUCCUUCAUAAGCUUUCUCUAUAGCUUACACAGCAUGAACAUGGCUUCCUCAGCCUUAAUGUUAUUUCUUCUAGUCUUGUAUUUUUCAUUUCAAUUCUCAUCUUGUUUAGAUGCACUGAACAAAGGCUACUCCUCUCUCUCAGUGGAGAAAGCUGAACAAGAUAUCAUUGUUUCAGAAAAUGGCAUGUUCUCCGCGGGCUUCUUUGAAGUGGGUGGUAAUGCCUUCUCCUUCGCAAUAUGGUUCACUACAAGGCCUGAUUCCCAAAACAUUACAACUCCUACCGUUGUUUGGAUGGCAAAUCGCGACCAACCUGUGAAUGGAAAGCGCUCAAAGCUUUCUCUCUUGCACACCGGCAAUCUUGCUUUGGUAGAUGCAGGUCAGUUCCAAGUAUGGUCUUCUGAGACGGAGUCAAAUGUUCCAACCGAGUUACGUCUCGGAAAUGAUGGCAAUCUUGUUCUACGAGAGCUGCCAGCAGGACAUAUUCUGUGGCAAAGUUUUGAUUUCCCAACCGACACUCUUCUUCCCGGGCAACAUCUCACCAGAAGUACACAAUUAGUUUCUUCAAGAACAGAGACUAAUCAUUCCUCUGGUUUCUAUAAGUUUUCCUUUGAUGAUAGAAACGUUCUCACCCUUGUUUAUGAUGGCCCUGAUGUGUCAAGCACUUAUUGGCCCUCUUCUGCGAUCUUAGCUUGGCAAGCUGGAAGGUUUACUUACAAUAGUAGCAGAAUUGCGGUGCUAAAUCCUCUUGGAGGUUUUGAUUCAUCGGAUAAUUAUAAUAAAAGAACAUCUGAUUAUGGGGCGGUGCUGCCUAGAAGGUUGACAAUCGAUCAUGAUGGAAAUCUUCGAGUGUAUAGCCAAGAUCGAUCACAAAAAUGGUACGUCUCAUUGCAAGCCAUUUCUGACAGUUGCACCAUUCAUGGGAUUUGUGGUGCUAAUAGUGUUUGCAGAUUUGAUCUCAAAAAGGGAAGGAAGUGCUCAUGUGUUCCUGGAUACAAAGUAAAGAAUCAAAGUGAUUGGUCUUAUGGGUGUGAAUCCAUAUUUGCUGCUACAUCUAAUGAAAGUAAGGUAACUUUCUUGGAACUGGGCCAAGUUGAGUUCUAUGGCUAUGACGCCAAUUACUUGCCCAAUUCUACCUACACUGGUUGUGAAAGUUUGUGCUUGAAUAAUUCUAAUUGCAAAGGAUUUCAGUAUUCAUACGACAACGGUGCGGGCGUGUUCAAGUGCUAUACAAAAACACAAUUGCUCAACGGACAUUUUCCAGGAGGCGCAGGAACUAUAACCUACUUGAAAGUGCCCAAAGGGAAGAGCUUUCCCCCCAGCUAUGAAGACUCUGUCAUCAGAAACAGUGAUUGUUCUGUGAAAAUUCAUAGAGAGUAUUCAAAAAAGCAUGUAAGCCGUUUUGUGAGCUUCCUUUUGUGGUUUGCCACAGCAAUUGGAGUUCUUGAAAUGGCUUGCGUCUUGGUUGUUUUGUUCUUAAUCAAGAGCCAGCACAAUUCUAGCAUAGAUCCACAUGGCCAUCAUCUUGCAACAGUGGGAUUUAGAAAAUUUAGCUAUUCUGAGCUAAAAAAGGCGACAAAAGGAUUCAGCCAAGAGAUUGGAAGGGGUGCAGGAGGCAUUGUAUACAAAGCUAUUUUGUCGGAUCAAAGAAUUGCUGCUGUAAAGAAACUCAAUGAUGCUAUGCAAGGAGAAGGUGAAUUCCUUGCUGAAGUGAGCAUCAUUGGAAGGCUCAACCACAUGAACUUGAUUGAAAUGUGGGGUUAUUGUGCUGAGGGAAAGCAUCGGCUUUUGGUGUACGAGUACAUGGAAAAUGGUUCUUUGGCAGAUAACCUCUCAUCCAAUACACUUGAUUGGAGCAAGAGGUAUAACGUCGCUCUCGGAACAGCAAGAGGUUUGGCAUAUUUACAUGAAGAAUGCUUGGAAUGGAUUUUGCAUUGUGAUAUAAAACCUCAAAAUAUUCUCCUAGAUUCAAAUUAUCAACCCAAGGUUGCAGAUUUUGGAUUGUCCAAGUUAUUGAACAGGGAUGUUCUCAACAACGAUCGCAAUUUCUCAAUGAUAAGAGGAACCAGAGGGUAUAUGGCGCCUGAGUGGGUUUUCAACCUAGCAGUUACUUCCAAAGUGGAUGUUUAUAGCUAUGGAAUUGUUCUCUUGGAGAUGAUAACCGGAAAGAAUCCAGCAGCAGAUAUUCAAGCAAUUAAUGGAGACGAACCAUACAAUGGGAGGCUAGUAACAUGGGUGAGAGAGAAAAAGAGAGAAUGUGCAUCUUGGGUGGAGCAAAUCAUGGAUUCUGCAUUAGGGUCAAAUUAUGAUGAGAAUAAGAUGGAAAUUUUGGCUAGAGUGGCAUUGGAUUGCAUAGAAGAGGACAAUGAACAAAGGCCUACCAUGAGCCAAGUCGUUGAAAUGCUUCAAAGCCAAGAUUGUGAUCCUAAUGGUGAAGCAUAAUAUUAAUCAAAUUAUGCUCAUCAAACACUAAAAGUUGGACUUUCUGAGAGGACAAAGAAAACGUAAUAAUUCGUUAUUAUAUGUAAUCUAGCAUGUGUUAUAUUAAUUAUAUUAUCACUAGUUGUGUAUGUUAUGUUUUUAAUAAAUAAGUUAUAAAAGUUUAAUCUAAUAGUUCGUCGUUC